GUUUGCGAAUUUGCUAUUUCCAAUUGAGCUUUUAAUUCCUUCUAUAAAAUUAUUAUUAUUUAAGAGUAUAUAUUUGUUUUAUUACUUUUCUAUAGUUACGGGUUAAAAUAUUUCGUUGACAUAUUCAGUGCUUUAACUUGGAAGUUCUUUUACAACUUUUUCAUUGAUAACGACAGAUAGACCAGCUUGGAAGUGCCGGCUAGGUGUUUGGCUACCACUAAGUUCAAUUGAAUAAUUCAACAUGGCUGCAUCCGUGCUAUUCGCUUGCGGCUUGAACGAGCAAAAACUGCCAAAAUUCGUGCACAUCAGUGAGGAGUCGAACUGCGACGGCAGCUUCCUCUUCAGCUGCAUACUCGGCCAACGGCUGCGUAUCUCCAACGCCGGCACGGUGCUGGUGUGUCUGCAGCACAACUAUCAGCAUUACUUCCAUGCCGGCAUGCGUCUCGGUUACAAUGUGAAUAUUUUUCUUGACAAAACGCUGAAUGUUGUGGAUCCACUAACGGAUAUGGCUGAAAAGGGUAUGGCCAGCAAGUGGCUGCAGGAUGAACGGCAAGUCACAACAUUACUGCUUGACGGCAUCCGUGAUUACAUUAGCGCCAGCGCGGCACAACGCAUCAGCACAACGAUUUUGGUUGAUAAUUUGGCGAUUUUAUUGAAUUUGGGCGCCACCAAGGAAGAGAUAAUCCAACUGUGUCAUGAGUUAGCGGAAUUGCCGAAGCAGUAUAAGAAUUUGGCGGUGAUCACGAAGUUGAGCAAUUGCGACCUAUAUGCGCCGAUCGAUAACUGUGUGGCGAAGUUGGGCACGUUGCGCAUACGUGCGACGCAGCUGAAGAGCGGCGUGUCACGUGAUGUGGAUGGUAAACUGUUGAUCGAGCGUGAGUUGGCUGCCAAUAGUGUGAAGGAAGCGGGCGAAGAGCUGGAAGCGCUGCAGAAUGGCGGCUACGAACUCGAGCAAAUGCGCAAAGAGGUGCUGUACAAAGUGAACGACAGGAAUAUAAAGAUCAUUAAUCCCGGUGAAUUGGGUGUGAAAGUUUGAGAAAUACUUAAGAGCUCUAGAAGAAUUUUGCUGUAUAUGGUUCAAAAAUUGAAUUUUAAUGAAUUAUAUAUUUUCGAAUACGCAAUUUACUUACGGUUUUCGUUACAUAGUUGAAAAAAUAUAAUUUCUUGUAAUAUAAAUGAA